AUGGCUGUAGCUGUGGACCAACAAAUCCAGACUCUUCAAGUACAAGAAGAACUUCCAGUAGAGAAGCUGGAAGAAGUCCACUGGGAGCAGGAAUUUUCCCUUCAGAGGAACGACUAUGGACCAGAGACACCCUGCCAGCGCUUUUGGCAUUUCCACUAUGAAGAGACAUCAGGACCCCGGGAGGCCCUUAUCCAACUACGGAAGCUCUGUUGUCAGUGGCUGAGACCAGACAAGUGUACCAAGGAGCAAAUUCUUGAGUUGCUAGUCCUAGAACAGUUCCUGACUGUCCUUCCACAAGAGAUCCAGAUGUGGGUUAGACAGCAGCAUCCGGAGAGUGGAGAGGAGGCAGUGGCCCUGGUGGAAGACUUGCAGAAAGAACCUGGGAGGCAGAGGGUGCAGGUGAGAUAUGGGAAUUUAGUUCUGAGUAGUUAAAAUAGAGGAAUGUGAGAGACAGAACCACCUUAGACU